CCACGCAUACGAGCAGUCCUCGCUUCAUCUUCUUUGCAGAUUCGUUCACCAGACAAGUGCUGUGGACCCUGUUGAGAGACGUGAAGUUCGGGGAGGCCGUUUCCUACAAGCAAUUAGCAGACCUCGCAGGCAACGGCAGAGCGGCGAGAGCGGUGGGAGGAGCGAUGAGGACCAAUCCUAUCCCAAUUAUAAUCCCGUGCCACAGGGUGAUUCGCAGCAGUGGGCAGAGCGGCAACUACGGAGGAGGAAACCUUAUGAAAGAGUGGCUUUUGUCGCACGAGAAGCUCCAGAAAGAGAAGUUAGCAUAUUGA